GUUUCAACCCCCAAUGACGACGCACAACUGUCGCACCAGAUGCAGAGAUAAACCUUGGUCGCACAAAUGACCAAACGAAGAGCAGAAAACAUUUUGCCCCCUGAAAUUCCUCAUAAAGUAUGUUUUCGUUCCCUUUCCAGCAUCGACAAUGCGGUCGGAGGAGUGAAUAUGGUUCGAAACGCAAAUGCAUCAUUUUUAUCAUUCAUUGGACAGCGGAGCAGAAAAAGGCCACACUUUACCGAGGACCAAGACUCACUGGAUACAGAUAACUUGCCGAGAAAAGUGCCUGCAAACACAGUUAAUACAGUGCUGGCAGAUGAGAACACAUCCAAGUCUAGAACAUUCGAGCAUCCUGGCCGAGCUGUCGCGCGGCAGUCAUUAUGCGCGCUGGAUGUCGAGUCUAAUAAAAAGCCAGAGGAAAAGAAUAAACACACUGCAGUAGACAAGGUAAUGCGCACAGAUGAGGACCUCUCUGCUUUCAAUUCCUUCCAGUUCUGGCGGGUUCCACUACCUGAGCUGGAUCUUUCUGUCCUGGAGACUGAAUCCUCAGAUGGGCCCAAUGCAACCUUUUCUGCCAAAGCCUUGGAAGCGAUGGAAACCUGAGAAGAUUGCCAAUGCACAAUAACUUGUUUAUUCAUGAUCAGAUGUUGUGUAGGUGUUAUGACCUGACCUUGCUUGACGUGCACAAUCAUUGGCUUUUGAUUAGGUGAUUAAACCCAAGUCUGCACUGGAUAUGUGUCUGUGCACAAAGCCUUCUACUGUGUACUGUGUGGAGACUUCCAGCAGAAGGAUUCAUUUUAAAACAUGGGAACACACAAAGGCCACAUAUUUCACUCUCACAGAUUUCAAGUGUUAAGAAGUGUGAAAGCAUGUAGUAAUUGUGCAUAUUGGUCUGAUCAUGUUUUUAUUUUGUCAGUAGCUCUGUAAGCAGGUGUAUGAGGAGUUUUUUUUUAUUUUUUAUUUUUUUAUUACACAAAGCCUUUAGUAGCUUGGACUAGGCUGGCUUUCUCUGGGUAAGCAUGGUCUUGUUUAUGGUGUUCAGUAGGUAUAAGCCACUUAUUUCUUCACGGUUAAAAAUAUUUUUUGGUUAUAAACUUUAGAGCUUUGCUCCUUUUCUCUGAGCAACGGUUACAGUUUGUAAAACAAGCAGCUACAAUUUGUAAAAUGGAUAUUUGUGGGUUUUUGUGUCUGUGGGCUUCAGAACUUUGGGGGAACCAGUGUAUGUUGUAGUUUUUCGAAACUGCACGCUGAUGUUUUUGAAAUUGCUGAGGAUCAAUAAAAAUGUGUUUUAUUGUUUUUUGUUUUUUUAUAUGAUAUUUGCUUGCAUUGUCUUUUUAUGGCUUUGCUACACAGGUGAUAACCUUAUUUUGACUACUUUUUUCAAUUAAA